AGUAAUAUCACAGUAUAAGCGUUUACGCUUCUGUUCUGUCGUUGAUCCUAACCACCGCAAAUGCUUCACAGCUGGCUGAAGCUCGGGCCCGUAACCCGCUACUGCAACCUCUGUGAUAGUCUCGACUUGUUGGCUUCCUGCAGUUACUUCAGUAGUGCUUUCUUAGUUAUUUCCUUAAACUUCUUACUGGCGUGCAGACUGACAUGCUUAUAGAUGUCAUUGUCAGCUUUGAACUCUGUUGUGACACUCGAAAAUCUGCUUCGAAAGCUACGGCAGGUCCACGGUUGAUAUACUAAAUAGCACCUUAGAUGAUUUCCGCAAACUCGAUAAUUGAGCAAAUUGCCAAAGUCAAAUAAAUUCAAUAAAAUUAUAUCAUUUCUAUUUUCGUUCGAUUCAUGUGGAGCAUUUUCAUACUUUAAUGCGUGUGCAGAAGCAGAUUGUGUUGCUUCUCCUGUUUCCAUGGAAACCAGUUUGCUGCACCAUUUGCAAGAUGCUGUUAAUUUCUUUCAGACUUGUAUAGGCUUGAAGUAAGUAAUUCUAUGAGCAAAUUGUUUAUUUAUUGUAACCUUGAGGUGAAAUUAUGGAUGCGCAAUUAUUAUGCGGACGACUCGGAUCUAUUGUUUACUUUUGAAAUAUUUUAUCAUUGUCUUAUCAGCUUUGCCGUGAUCGUAACCGAUUAUAAUCGAAGGACUUCAUCGCAAGCCUCAAAUACUGAAGAAAACCUGAAAGAUGGCUCAAAAAUUUGAAGUAUCAGGAUUAGAUGAGUACAAAGAGAAGCUCGAGUCGCUAAGCUCAUCAGGGAAGACGAUAAUUGCCAUGUUUUCUGGCGGCAAGGACCCAGCAACUGGCCAGAGUUGGUGCCCUGACUGCGUGGUCGCGCAGCCUGUUGUGGACAAGGCCGUGUCGCAAGCAAGUGAGGACUUCAUCUACGUCUACUGCAGCGUGGGUGGCAGGGACUUUUGGAAAGACAAGAACUGCGUCUUCAGGACUGACCCCAGCUUGAAGUUGAAGUCUGUACCAACCCUCAUUAAAGUUGGCACCCCUCAGAGACUGGAAGAAGCUCAGUGUGCAAAUCCUAAACUUGUUGAAAUGUUGUUUGAAGAUUGAAGCUUCUAAUGGAAAACAUUUACCUUGUCAAAGUAAUCAAUUUUGAUUUAUGUUUACUUUGUUAUGCAUUCUUUAAAUCAGACAAAUUCAAAGUUGAAAUCUUUUUGUAAUCAUGAAAUUCUAAGUAUCAAUUAAUACAUAAACUUAAACUUGAGAAAAGCAGAACUUCAGAAGGCAUUUUAUGAAUGAUACUGGAUACAAAAUUGCCUAUUAAUUUUCAAAUGAAUAUAAAAUAUUACCUGUUCCUGUAUCAGGCUGUAUCACUGUAUGUAUCUGUAUUGAGCCAUUUAAUCUUAUCUGAUCAAUUUAGUUAUGUCCUAGUGUCAAGUUGUCAACAUUCCAAUCAAGAAUUGAAAAUUUUUCUAAACCAAGAACUCUUUUUCUAUAGCAAUAGGAAUAUACAGAUAGUUUGAUAAAAAAUUUAUGUAAUUGUUAAUAACUGCUUUGAUUUUUAAGUAAACAAUGAAUUAAACUUUGUUUUAUUUCUGUUUCUAAAUCUA